AUGGGCGUCCGAGACUCCGGCGAGGCGACGGGGACGCCCGACCCUGUCGAGAAGGGGCUCGCCACCGUCAACACCAUCACCCUCGGUGUGAAGGCCAUGGUGCAGAAGGAUGGCGAACUUCGGAAGGCAGAAAUCCUGUCAAUCAGGGAACGCAAGGGUGGCCUUUCCUUCUAUGUUCAUUAUGUCGACUUCAACAAACGUCUUGACGGCAAGUCCAAUUCAAGAGCAUAUAAGCUACAUUCAACUGCACGCAUCGAUCUCUCUCAUGAGGUUGAGUGGCCACGGCCAGAAAAGUCAGACAAGAAAAAGAGUGCUGCCAUCAACAAGGCCCCCAGCAAGAAUGCGCCUAAACAGCAGCGCGCGGACAGCCGCGAGGUAUCGGGAACACCCGAUGCCUUCGGCAGCAAGAACUCGAACAUUGCAAAGACCCCACGGCCCUCGAUGGCUGGAGGCAAGGAAAACCGGGAUACUCCUGGCGGUGAUGUCUCGAUGGUCGGAUCUGAGGCGGUUUCCUCCGUCGGGACGCCGAAAGUCACGGACUCGGAAGACCUCGACAUGACAGAUGCCCCCUUCAAAGAGGAGGUCAAGACCGCUUCGGGGGAGGUGAUUACCCGUGAAGAGGAAAUUGAGCGGUUGCGUACAGGUGGCAGUAUGACCCAAAACCCGACGGAGGUCCACCGCGUGCGAAACUUGACCAAGCUUCAAAUGGGCAAAUACGACAUCGAGCCGUGGUAUUUCUCCCCAUACCCAGAUUCAUUCUCCGAUGUCGAUCUGGUCUACAUCGACGAGUUCUGUCUGAGCUACUUCGACAACUACCGUGCCUUCGAGCGGCACCGUUCCAAGUGCACAAUGGUUCACCCUCCUGGCAACGAGAUUUACCGGGAUGAGAAUAUUUCCUUCUUUGAGGUUGACGGCCGUCGUCAGCGGACAUGGUGUCGCAACCUGUGUCUUCUCAGCAAGCUCUUCCUGGACCACAAAACGCUCUACUACGACGUCGACCCGUUCUUGUUCUACUGCAUGUGCACUCGGGACGAUACAGGCUGCCAUCUCGUUGGCUACUUUUCGAAAGAGAAAGACUCCGCUGAGGGCUACAAUCUGGCUUGUAUCACUACAUUCCCACAAUUCCAGCGUGCAGGCUAUGGCCGCCUGCUGAUCGCUAUGAGCUAUGAGCUCAGUAAGCGCGAGGGCAAGCUAGGUUCUCCCGAGAAGCCUCUCAGUGACUUGGGUCUGCUUAGUUACCGCCGUUACUGGCGCGAGACUCUUGUCGAGCUGCUGGCAGAACCAAAUCGCGAGGCCAUGAGCGAGAACGAGCUCGCUCUUCUCACAUCCAUGACUGAAAAGGACAUUCAUGAGACAUUGCUCGUGAACAACAUGCUCCGAUACCAUAAAGGAAAUUGGAUUAUCAUCCUCACCGACCAAGUCAUCGAGGAGCACAACAAGCGCCUUGAGAAAGAGAAAAUCAAGGGCUCGCGGAGAAUCGACCCUGUCCGCCUUCAGUGGAAGCCUCCCGUCUUUACUGCCUCCAGCCGUACGUGGAACUGGUAA